AGCCGUGAGGGCGUUGCACUAACCCCGCACUAAUACUACACUACCCACACCCCCCCGCGACGGGACAUGUUGUAGGAAAUCCGCUUGCGGCGGAUUAUUGUAAUCCGACAGAGGGUCUGGACGACACAUCGGAUCACAGAGGGAAAAAAAUAGCCAAGCGGCCUGGAUCAGAUGCGGCUCGUCUGAGAAUAGAGAGUAAAACUUGGAGUAUGACCCGCCGCCCUGCUCGGAGCUCCCGCUGCUAGUGAUCCGCGGUGGCCGGGCCGUUUCCUGGACCGUCCGCCCUCUGACAGCGGCACCGCGGAGCUUUAACCAGCUGCUAAAAGGACGUCUCAGCCUGUUUCCCUCCAUUGCCAGAUUCUCUUCAACCCGGAACGGCUCGGUUUGGCUCUCCUUUGCUAGACUUGGCUUGGUUCGGUUGUCCUGAAUACGGACCGAAGCGCUGCUGCCACCGCCGCCGCCGCCACUACUCACUUCCAUAAAGCUAGCGCGGCUAGCGAGCUAAGCUAGUCCGGAAUCGAUCAAGUUUGAUCGGGAUCGAUCGAAUCUAUCUCAUCGCAGCGGCACAGAUAAUGUCAACGAAGGAGCACAAUAAACUCUCCACGGUGGAGAGACCAAUUAAAGCGGUGCCAUAUCCACCCGGGACGCGCCUGACGGUCAAAGACCUGUAUGUGGAUGGACGGCCCAGCGUGGAGCUGCUGAAGGCCCACUUGGUGAAGGAGGGGAGGCUGGAGGAGGAGGUGGCGCUGCGCAUCAUCAACGACGGCGCCGCCAUCCUUCGCCAGGAGAAGUGCAUGCUGGAGGUGGAGGCUCCCAUCACAGUGUGCGGCGAUGUUCACGGCCAGUUCUUCGACCUGAUGAAGCUCUUCGAGGUGGGCGGUUCCCCCAGCUCCACUCGCUAUCUGUUCCUCGGCGACUACGUGGACCGAGGCUACUUUAGCAUAGAGGUAAGCUCCCCUCCUGGAGACGCACCGGUUUUUUCUUCUUUCCAACAUCAAACCAACCACAGAUCGGGAGGAAACCACGAGUGCCGACCCCUCCCAGAGUAUUUCCCCUUCAAACAGGAGUGUAAAAUAAAGUACUCAGAGAGAGUGUACGACGCCUGUAUGGAGGCCUUUGACUGCCUCCCACUGGCGGCUCUGCUCAACCAGCAGUUCCUGUGUGUUCACGGAGGCCUGAGCCCCGAGAUCACCUGUCUGGACGACAUACGGAAGCUGGAUCGGUUCAAGGAGCCGCCUGCGUUCGGGCCCAUGUGUGACCUUCUGUGGUCAGACCCGGGGGAGGACUACGGCUCGGAGAAGAGCCAGGAACAUUUCUGCCACAACAGCGUGAGAGGCUGCUCCUACUUCUACAGUUACCCAGCCGGAUGUGACUUCCUGAUGAACAAUAACCUGUUGUCUGUAAUACGAGCACACGAAGCCCAGGACGCCGGGUAUCGAAUGUACAGGAAGAGUCAAACCACAGGUUUCCCGUCUUUAAUCACCAUCUUCUCUGCUCCGAACUACCUGGACGUCUACAACAACAAAGCUGCGGUGCUGAAGUACGAGAAUAACGUGAUGAACAUCCGACAGUUCAACUGCUCUCCUCAUCCCUAUUGGCUGCCCAACUUCAUGGACGUCUUCACCUGGUCCCUGCCCUUCGUUGGAGAGAAAGUGACUGAGAUGUUGGUGAACGUGUUGAACAUCUGCUCUGACGACGAGCUGAUGUCAGAAGGAGACGACACCUGUGAAGGUGGCGCUCCUGCUGUGAGGAAGGAGGUGAUCAGGAAUAAGAUCCGCGCAAUUGGAAAGAUGGCUCGUGUCUUCUCCGUGCUCAGAGAGGAGAACGAGUGUGUGUUGCAGCUGAAAGGCCUGACACCGACAGGAACUCUUCCUCUGGGAGUUCUUUCCGGAGGUCGACAAACUCUACAAAGCGCCAUCCUCCGCUUCAACCCUCAGCACAGGAUCCAGAGUUUCGAGGAGGCCCGAGGUCUGGACCGCAUCAACGAGAGGAUGCCGCCGCGCCGAGACAGCAAGCAGCAGGAGUCCACCCCGUCCCUCAACAACCUGCCGGCCAGCACCGGGCCCCCGGACAAGAACGGCACCAAUGCCCAGGCCUAGACCCUCCUCCUCCUCCUCCUCCGCCUCCUCUUCCUCUUCUUCUUUCUCUUCUUCUUCUUUCUCUUCCUUCUCCUCCUCCUCCUGCCUCUCUACUCCUCCUCCAGCAGGAGGAGACGCCGCCGUUCAGUCUGAGCGACUCGUCGCCUUUAAUUUAUUUUAUUGAUCGAUGACGUGUCAUCGACGGAGACUGAGCAGGAUCAAAUGUCAUCGUCACACAGAUCUAUUUCACACCCAGGUCUGGAGUUAUUUUCUUUAUUUUUAUUAUUGAGGAAGAGGAAGUGACGCUCGCUGAAACGCUAUGUUCACACACACACACACACACGCAUCCAUACACACACACACACACACACACACACACACACACAUCUUUCUUAUGCCAACGACAGUGUGACUGAGUUCUGAGUAUUGAUCUGUAACGUUAACAUCUAAAUUGUUCCCACUUUUCGAUGUGACUUUUUUUUUUUUAAAUCAUAACUUUAGAUUAAAUAAUCAGAGAAGGAGGAGGACAGAGUUUAGGUUCUUCUGGGGUUUUUAUUUUUUUUGUCAGCUUUUGUAAAAGUCACUGACAUCUCGUCAGCACUGAUUGCACCAUUGGCGCCCCCUGCAGUGAGAAAUGCAGAGUUUCAAUCUCAGUGAAACCAAAGCGGAGCCAAUCAGAGUGAAAGGACGGCGUCCAAUCAGUGCUCACGUGGUGUCAGUCGAACAAGGGCUGCGAAAAAAAAAACAAAAAACUGAAUCUACCCUUUAAUGGCAGGAGCAGAGAACAGAGAGGUCAAAGGUUAAAGGACGAUUCCACUCGACCUUAAAGUCUGGAAGGACAGAGUGAGGGAGAGUUCCGUCCUGAGGUGGAGUCAUUUACUGUCCUUCUGUCUCGGCUCAUGUUAAAGAUUCGUCCACAGAUCUGGAACGUUCUGAACCUGAACUCGGAUCAGCUGCGCUUCUGUUUUCUGUUCAUGGCGAUUUUUCUUUUCAGUGACGUGGAAUCGUCCUUUAACCUGACGGCGAUGAUGAUGACGAUGAGGAUGAUGAUGGUAGGGUUUGGAUUAUUGAUUCGUUACUUUUACUUUUCUGAGGGAGUGGUUAAAGUCUUGUCUUUUCUGAUUCUGUCUGGGUCUUUGAACAUAUCACAGAAUGUACAGAAACUUUUUUUUUGUUCGUUUUGAUUUUGGUUGAGUUCCUGUACGCGAGGCCUCGUUUAUGUCGAUGUUUUCACUCCAUUCAAAUAAAACAGAACGGUGACA